AUGGCAAACAACACAAACUCAUUAUCACUGCGAUCUCUCCUUGAGAAGGAAAAGUUUAAUGGCUUAAACUUCCUUAACUGGUUCUGUAACUUGAGGAUUGUGCUCAAGCAAGAACAUAAAUUGUAUGUCAUUGAAGAACCCGUUCCUAAUGAACCAGCAACUAAUCGCUCUAGAGCUGAAAAUGAUACUUAUAAGAAGCACCUUGGUGACAUGGUAGACAUAGGAUGUCUAAUGCUUACUAUUAUCAUUCUUGAGCUUCAAAAGCAACAUGAGGAUAUGGUUGCUUAUGAUAUGAUCCAACACCUUAAGGAAUUAUAUGAUGGGCAAGCACGUCAAGAGAGGUACGAGACCUCUAAGGCUCUAUCUCGAUGCAAAAUGGUGGAGGGAACUCCCGUGGGAACUCAUGUUCUCAAAAUGAUAGGCUAUAUAGAAGGCCUUGAAAAACUCAGAUUCUCUCUAGGUGAGGAAUUGGCCACCGAUGUUAUUCUAAAAUCGUUGUAG